CAGAGUAGCUCAGCGGGCUAACUUUUCCCAACAACGUCAGUCUUAUGUGUGUUGUUAGACAUUGUUUAUUGGUUUAUUUUUAUUUUUACAUCUUUUAACCAGCGUAUUUAAAUAGCAACGUUGCAAGGAGGCAGUAAUUAUCUGCAUGGUUAUAAGUGUGUUUGACAUAUCUGCCUGGUCUUUCUUUAAUACUGAUUCGUUAGUAAAAAAGUUAAAGAUCUCAACAUGAGUGGUCAAGGUCCAGCUGUGGAUAAAGCGGUGAACACCGUCCUGGGCUGUCAGGAGAACUACGCCUGCGGGGGGUCAGAUGAGGCUGCCUUUGAAUGUGAUGAGUGCGGCAGCCUGCAGUGUGCACGCUGUGAACUGGAGCUCCAUCGCCAGGAGAGGAUGAGGAACCACGACCGGGUUCGUAUUGCACCGGGCCACGUUCCCUUCUGUGACUCCUGCAAAGGUGAUGGCAGCAGCUCCCUCAACGGUGGACGUCUCAGAGCAGUGGUGCGAUGCCAGGGGUGUAAGAUCAACCUGUGUUUGGACUGCCAGAAACGCACCCACAGUGGAGUCAACAAGAGGAAGCACCCUCUGACACCUUACCCCCCUGCCAGAGCUUCCCAGGAUAACAGCGAGAGUUCUGGGGAGUCACAGAUGGAGAUCCUGAAAGCCGAGCUGGAGAAGGUGUUCAGCUUCCUUUUGGUGGACGAGAAAGAGGAGAUGCAGGUGAAGGACGAGGACGACUUUGUGAGCAGACUGGGCUGCAGGCCGGAUGAGCUCCUCAAAGUGGUCUCCAUCUUCGGAAACACCGGGGAGGGCAAGUCCCACACCCUCAACCACACGUUUUUCCUCGGGCGAGAAGUGUUCACGACCUCGCCCACUCAAGAGUCCUGCACCGUGGGCGUGUGGGCAGCUAUGGACCCUGUGCACCGGGUGGUAGUCAUCGACACAGAAGGACUGCUCGGGGCCGGAGCCAAUCAAGGUCAGCGAACACGCCUGCUCCUCAAAGUCCUGGCUAUCUGCGACGUGGUCAUCUACCGAACCCAUGCCGACCGUCUCCAUGACGAUCUCUUCAAAUUCCUCGGUGACGCAUCAGAUGCCUACCUGAAACAUUUCACCAGGGAGCUAAAAGCCACUACAACCCGCUGUGGUCUAGACGUCCCGUUGUCCACUCUGGGCCCUGCUGUUAUCAUCUUCCAUGAGACCGUCCACACCAAGCUACUAGGAUCAGACAAACCGUCCGAAUCGGUAGAGCGUCUUCUCCAGGAGCGUUUCAGGAAGCUGGGUCUGUUUCCUGAAGCCUUCAGCUCCGUCCAGUACCGUGGGACUCGGACCUACAACCCUCCGACGGACUUCAGCGGUCUGCUGCGCACCCUGGAGCAACAGCUGGACAACAACACCACCCGCUCGCCACGCUCCGCAAGCGUCAUCUACAAAGCUCUGCAGGCCCUGAGCGAUCGCUUCAGCGGGGAGAUUUCAGAUGAGCACAUGGCCAGUAACUCAUUCUUUCCAGAUGAGUACUUUACCUGCUCCAGCCUCUGUCUCAGCUGUGGUUCCGGCUGUAAGAGGAGCAUGAAUCACCUAAAGGAAGGACUCGACCACGAAGCCAAACAUCGCUGCCGCUACUCUGCACAGUAUGACAACCGCAUCUUCACUUGCAAGGCCUGCUAUGAGGGAGGGAAGGAGGUGGUGGUUGUUCCCAAAACGACAGCCUCGUCUGACUCACCGUGGUUUGGCCUGGCCAUCUACGCCUGGUCUGGGUAUGUAAUCGAGUGCCCCAACUGUGCAGUGAUCUACAGAAGCAGGCAGUACUGGUACGGAAACCAGGAUCCAGUGGAAACAGUGGUCAGAACAGAGAUUCAGCACAUCUGGCCUGGGUCUGACGGUUUCCUGAAAGACAACAACAACGCAGCCCAGAGGUUACUGGAUGGAGUCAAAUACAUUUCUCAGUCAGUGUCUGAACUCAGCGUCAAGCCUGCCAAAGCAGUCACCUCCUGGCUCACCGACCAGAUCGCUCCAACCUACUGGAAGCCCAACUCUCUUAUCCUGAAAUGCCAUAAAUGUGGGGAAGAGUUCCAACCCAACGACACCAAGCACCACUGUCGGGCCUGUGGAGAGGGCUUCUGUGAGACCUGCUCCUCUAAAACCCGGCCGGUCCCAGAGAGGGGGUGGGGGCUCGCACCUGUCCGAGUCUGCGACGCCUGUUUCCACAACAGGGAAAUCUCAACUGAGCUGCUGGACGCUGCCCUGGAGGAGGAAGGAGGCACCCUGAUAGCCAGGAAGGUUGGGGAGGCGGUUCAGAGCACUUUAGGAGCCGUGGUCGGCGCCAUCGACAUACCUCUAGGCCUGGUUAAGGACGCCGCUCGUCCGGCCUACUGGGUCCCGGAUCAGGACAUCCACUCCUGCAGCGAGUGCCAGAGGGAGUUCUCCCCACGUCUCUCCAUCCACCACUGCCGCGCCUGUGGCCAGGGCGUGUGCGACGACUGCUCUCAGGAGCGCCGCGCCGUGCCCUCCCGCGGGUGGGACCACCCGGUGAGGGUCUGCAACGGCUGCAACCAGAAAGCUGGGGAGCUCUAGCAGGACGAGGAGCGGGACUCAAAGAGGGGACGGUUGAGGACGCCGGCCUCUGUGAAAACUGGAAAUUGGCUUUUUGACAUUUGGCUAAAAUGCCUCAGUUCCCUUUGGUCUCAUUAGGGGCAUUCCUUGGCUGCCACUGGACCGUCUGUGGCAGGUUGGACUCUGUUUUUCCAACACGGUUAUCACAUCACAUCAGUCCCUUGAUGCUAUUUCACUUUAUUAUGCCUAUAUUUUACACUGUGAAGAAUAUCAGCCAGAGUGAGACUUGAAUAUCAAUAAGGGAGCUGAGAUAAAAAGAGAAAGAACUUUAUGGCGUUUUAUGAAAGAGAGUAUUGUACGUGCUUGCUUACUAUUGAGUUCAGGUAAAUGUCCGUGUACCUCCUUUGAUCCCUUUAAGAUUUGUAUUGAUGCACAUGAACCCCUUUGACAAUCCCUCCCCAGUGUGACACUAGUACUAUUAGCACCUUUUUGUAGUCUGGGGCUACGCGUGUGAACCGUUUCGUAAUAGAAGUACUGACCGAGCAUCUUAAACUGAUUACAGGCAAGAACUUUUAUUCUAAAAAUGUUUCUGCAGGAAUCCUGGAUGUAUUAUUUGGGGCUGGCUCUACAGGAAAUGAUGGAAAACCUGAAAAAUGAUCUACCAUACUUGUUUCUGAUCCUUUUUUCAAAUGGAUUUACUGUAGUUUUUCCUCUGUAGUUUUCCUGCCGCUCUUUGGGUUCAGGAGGUUUGGAACAUUACAAGCCAUUUAAGUACUGUAGCACCGAGAUGCAUUCCAACUUAUAUAAUUACUCCUUAUUAACUUCUUAUAUAAGAACUUCCUUAAUAACGCUGUCCACAUUGUUUAAAUUUUACAUAAGAAUAUACAUAUAUAGGGGGAAAGUUUACUUUCAUAGGGAAUUUUUUUAAAUGGCCUUUGUUUUGUUUUUAAAAUGUUACAACUACUUAAAAAUCUACAAAUCUGACUGCAGUGGGAUUAAAUGAAACAGGAACUGCUUUUUAAAAGGAGUGGCUGGCUCACAGUAGCAAUACAGAAAAAGACUUGAAACCAUCUUUGAGGCUGGCCCCUCAAACCGGGAAAAUAAUAAGAGUAAUCUAUUACUCUGCCAACUCAGGCUGUGUUAGUUCGUAGCACCAAGUGAGACAGGGUUUUGACUGAACUGCGCUUUUAUCUGACAAAUCCAUAUGAUGACGCAGUUACGGUUUUGACUGAACACCCGGGCAUUGUGAGAUCUGACUGGGUUUUUAUUUAAAUUGACUGACUGGGAGAGUCGGUUUGCUUACUGUGUCAACAAGGAAGCAAAUAACACUUUUCCCUGAAUCGCUGAACUAUCAUCGUUGUUCCUAUCUCAGAGAUGUUCAAUAAAUAAGAAUGUCCCAAGGAACAAAUCAAUACCUUUAUGAUCAUGUAUGCUCAUAUACAGUAUGUAUUAAACUGCAGAAACUCACUCUGU